AUGGUGCAAAAGAAUCAACAAACAACUGAUGGUGCAAUCAAGGAGUUGCAGACACAAAUGAGCGCCAUGGCAGGUAGAUUGAACCUUUUGGGAACAAAGAAUAGUGGGAAACUCCCUUCUCAACCUAUUAAUCCUAUAGAAACUGUUAAUGUUGUGACAUUGAGAAGUGGUACACGAACUGUGCAACCAAAAGAUGCUGAGAAAAGAAAAGACCCCAAGGGGCCGGUCUUGGAGAAAGAGAUUACUGACUCUGCCCAAACCGAGGAGGUACCUAAAAUGAACUCUAAACCUCUUGUUUCUACUUAUGUUCCUCCUUUACCGUUUUCUGGCAGGCAAGUUCCUAAAUAUGCUAGAGUUUUGAAAGACUUAUGCACCAACAAGAAACGAUUAACCGGUAAUGAGGUGAUGAGUGUGGGGGAAAAUGUUUCUGCUAUCCUCCAAAAGAAACUUCCACCUAAAUGCAAGGAUCCCGGUAGUUUCGAUAUACCUGUUGUGAUUGGUAAUAAAAUUUUUGGAAAAGCCAUGCUUGAUUUAGAAGCGUCGGUUAAUGUUAUGCCCGCACCUAUUUAUAAGUCUUUAAAUUUGGGUCCUUUGAAAGAAACCCGUAUUGUUCUUGAACUAGCUGGUCGUUCUAAUGUUUACCCUAGAGGUAUUAUUGAAGAUGUGCUUGUGAAGGUGAAUCAACUCGUAUUUCCAGCUGAUUUUGUUGUAUUGGAAAUGGAUAGCGGGUCGGAUGCAUCUAUAUCGCUGUUAUUGGGGAGGCCUUUCAUGAAAACGGCCAAAACCGUUAUUGAUGUUGACAAAGGAACUCUCACUAUGGAAUUUGAUGAUGAAAAGAUUCGCUUUAAUAUUUUUGGAGCAACGCGGUAUCCUAGUGAUGUUCAUUCGGAUGUUCAUGUUAAUGUCGUACACACAGGCUAA